AUGGAAAAAAACCACCAUUUUCUUCUCCUUUGCUACCCUGCUCAGGGCCAUAUCAAUCCCAUCUUUCAGUUUGCCAAGCAACUUGCUCGCGGAGGCGCGUGCGUCACCUUGGCCACAACCGUCCACGGUCUAACUCGGAUUCGUUCCUUCCCUACUCACCACCGACUCUUCUUCGCUUCCUUCUCCGAUGGUUACGACGAAGGUCGUCCGCCAGGAGUAGGGUCCAGAACCCUCUCCGAUCUUAUUAACAGUCUAUCAGAAAAGGGAACCCCGGUAACUAUGCUUAUCUACUCGUUGAUCCUGCCAUGGGUGGCGUCCGUUGCGCGUGAUUUCAACCUGCCCACCGCCUUCUUCUGUGCUCAGUCCGCCACUUCACUUGCCAUCUUCCAGAAAUACUUCAAAAUCGAUUAUACCCCGGAGAUUUCGAUCAAGUUACCUGGAUUACCUUUGUUCACAGGAGAUGAUAUACCUAGUUUUCUACUGCCAACUAGUAUGUUUCAUUCUAUGAAGCCAAUUUUCAAAGAACAUAUACAGGUCCUAGAACAAGAUCCAAAUUCAAUCGUACUUAUAAACACGUUUACUGCCCUGGAGAAGGAAUCAAUACAGGGUAUCGAUCAUAUUAGGAUGAUUCCAAUCGGGCCAUUGAUUCCUUCUGCUUUUUCGGAUGAAACAGACCCAUCAGACAGAUUCUACGGAAUAGAUCUAUUCGAGGGAUCCAAUGAUUAUUAUCUUCAAUGGUUGGAUUCAAAGCCAUGCAAAUCGGUUAUCUAUAUAUCAUUCGGAAGCUUGGCUUCAUUAAAGAAAAGGCAAGUGGAGGAGCUUCUGAAUGGACUGAUAGAUUGCAACAGGGCUUUCUUAUGGGUAACCAAGUCAGUUAAUUCUGAUGAAGAAAUCAAAACUAUGGUUGAAGAGGGGAUGAGGAAUGCAGGGGCGGAUGGGCUGGUGGUGCCGUGGUGCUCUCAGGUGGAGGUGCUAAGCCACAAGGCGGUUGGGUGUUUUCUGACUCACUGCGGAUGGAAUUCAACUAUGGAGAGUAUGACGGCGGGCGUUCCAUUGGUGGCUUUACCGCAGUUUUCAGACCAGGUGACGAACGCGAAGAUGGUGGAGGAAGUGUGGGGGGUGGGAGUGAAGGCAAAGGCAAAGACAAAGGCGAAGGCAGAGGAGGAGACGGCGGAGGCUGAAAUGGUUGUCGGGAGAGAAGAGAUAAAGAGAUGUUUGGAGAUUGUAAUGGAAAAUGGAGAAAAGAGAGAAGAGAUUAGAAAUAAUGUUGCAAGGUGGAGAGAUUUGGCUUUAGAGGCUGUGAAAGAAGGUGGUUCUUCCCACCAAAACUUUAAGCAGUUUCUUCAAAUAACUAACUAA